UGAAUCGAAGGAGCUCUUAAAUUUCAAUCUGGCAGAGACCGAUCGCUCAGAUAAAAGCAGUAUCUGUAUUGCACAGGUCAAUACAAUUCCACGGUCAACCUCGUCACCCUUCUUCCGAGCCCCCUCUCUUCUCUCCCAAGUCCCAAGAAAUAUACUCCAACAAUGAAGAAACAAUACUCCUUGUUAUUGGAGGGAUCGCCUUUGGACAAUGACGGAGCUUCUUGUUUGUUUGCUUUAUGCGUCGCAUAGUCUCAGAAUUCAAGGCAAAGAAGGCACAGGACAUCAUCAGGUAGAACAUGAACAUGCUCGAUCGUAUUCUUCAAGUUUGAGCAGACAAUCACUUAGGUGAGGGGCUUCCCAAAAGAAGGCUAGAUCUGGUGUCACUUGAGGUUUAUUCAUCCCAAAUUAAUUGAGAAUCCCUCCUCAAUGAGUACUUGUCACAAAGAGGUGAAAAAGGGUUAAGGUACUGAUAGUGUAUGUGAACACCCCCCGGCGCGCAGCGGUUCUCAUGUUUUGAUGAUUAAGAAGGGACGAUGGCCCAAGAAAUAGGCAACAAAAAUGCAAGCUUUUUAAGGUUAGUGGAGGAGAGAACAUUGUCAAUGGAAGAGAAAAAGAAGCAACAAGAGGCACUAAUCCCCUAUCUUCCUAAAGAUUGCAUCUCAAACAUUCUUGUUCGACUUCCUCUUGACUCUCUUCAAAGGUCAAGGUUUGUUUGUAAGGCAUGGUAUACCAUAAUUAAUAGUGCCAUUUUUAUUGAUGCCCAUCUCCGUCAAUCUGAGUCUGUUUUGAUUUUUCUAUCAUCAAUUAAAAGAGAGAGCUUGUACAUUUCUCCUAUGGCAUCGAUCCCACCAGAGAAACCAAAUACCAUAUCAGUUGAGGUGAAAUCUCUUCAGUCAGAAUGUGUCCCUGUUUUUGGGCUGCCAAACUUGAGCCCCACCUUAAAGUCUUAUAUUCAGUGCUUGGAAAUUAAUGAUGGAAAGAGCAAAAUAGGAGAAUAUAAUAUAAGUUGCUUGGGAAAUAUCAGGGCUGCUUGCAAUGGUCUAAUCUUGCUUGAUAACAAACUGAAGAAAGGACUAAUAGUAAUGAAUCCCGUGACUAGGAAGUUGAUUGCACUUCCUCUGGGUACUUUAUAUCCUGCUCAUGUUGAAUCUUAUGGCAUGGCAUUAAGCAGUGCUACUGGUGAAUAUAAAGUAGUACACUUGUUUCAGGAUGAGUUAGGUUUUAUCGGUUGUGAGACCUUAAUUGUUGGUACGAGAUUAUGGCGUGGGGUGAAUGGACCUUCUUUCGGACUUGUUAGCUGGUUUGGUUGUGAGCCUGUUUCAGCAAUUGGAGCUAUGCACUGGGUUCCUCAUAUUGAUCAUAGCGAUUACGUAGUGUCUAUGGAUGUGGACGAGGAAAAGUUUCAUACAACACCAUUCCCAAAAAGUUGCAGGACUCAUGAUGGGAUUGUCGAGAUGGGUGGUUUCUUAAGUUUUGUGACUCAUGAAGAAGUGAACCAAAUAGACAUUUGGAUCUUGAAGGGCUUGGGUGAAGCCUGGACCAAGCAACAUUGUAUUACUAUGGGAUGUAUAAUGGAUAUGUUUCCCUUUUUCAGUAUGAGGAUGAAAGGAGAUAUGAUUUUUAAGAGGGAAGAAGAUGGAUCAUUUUAUGCUUAUGACUUCCAGCUUCAAGUGAUGACAAGAAUUGAGAUGCAAAAUGGUCGCUUCCCAUUGUCAUGUUCGUUUCUGCCUCACGUCAAUAGUCUUGUUUCUUGGUCUAGCCGGAAGGGAAGCCAGGAUUUGUGCAACUGAUUUGUUUCCCGGCGAGCUACAAUUGCCGAGGAACAAAUUAGCAAAGUUAUGGCAUGUUUUCCAUAUAAUCACUACAAUAGGACACAUCUCGACGUUUUCUUUAUGCUUUUGCAUCUUUUGUAAUGUUAUGCCUGUACCGUAUAUAGUGGUUGAAAAGUAUUCUAUCAAUGAAUGUGGGUGGCUUGAAGUA